ACUGUUUGCCCAGGCUGGCUUCGAACCUCUGUCCUCUUGAUCUCUUGCCUCCUGAGUAGCUAGGAUUACAGAUGUGAGCCACCGGCACCUGGUGACUGAGACUGUAACUAGGUGACACCCUAGGUUCCUGAUCACUGGGUCAGUCCUGGCAUCUUCCUCCAGGGACUUCCUUCCUCCUGGCCUACUUUGGGUCUGUCUCUGGGGCACGGACUCAUCUCAUACUCCAGCCCUGGGGGACCAGGAAGCUGGGCCACUUGCCAAGCAUCCACUGAGCCUCAGGGCUGUGCUGUACUCUUCACCAUUGGGAAGUUCAGACCCAUUCACAGUCAGGAAGCUGAGGCUCAACAGAAACAACCUGUGGAAUCCUACAGCCAGUGAGGGCGGAGCUGGAGUGCAUGCCUGGGCCCUGUUCUGCUGUGAGAGGCAGCCACUACCUGAAAACAGGAAUGGGGUAGGGAUGUGGACGAGAUCAUGGAUUCAGUGCUCCAAGUCAUGCAUGUGUCUGCUGACUCAUCCCUCUGGCCUCAUGUCUGGCAUCUGUAGCCUGUGCAGGAUUUCUGAGAACCCACUGGCCACCCAGUAGUUUACAGGGAGGAGGUACACUUGCCCCUCACCCCCUCCCCCUACUGGAGGAGAUGAUGCUCUGUCCCACUUCUGUGUCCUGGGGCUUCCUUUUCAGAGACUGAGGGGAUCCUGCAGCAGAGCACCAGAGGAUCCAGCAAUGACCAGCUCCCCUGUCUCCAGAGUCGUCUACAACGGCAAGAGGAACAGCAGCCCCCGCUCUCCAACCAACAGCAGUGAGAUCUUCACCCCAGCCCACGAGGAGAAUGUGCGCUUCAUUUAUGAAGCCUGGCAGGGUGUGGAACGAGACCUGCGCAGCCAGCUGUCAGGCGGCGAGCGUGGCUUGGUAGAGGAGUAUGUGGAGAAGGUCCCCAACCCCAGCCUAAAGAGUGAGUGGGGCUGUCCUAGGAGGGAGGGGCUCAGAGGCAGGAAGGCCAGCCAGCCUGCUUCCCUCUCCCACUGCUUCCUGCCUGCACCGUCCAUCAUCCUGUUCCAAGACAUCUUGGUCUAAGAGCUUUCUGAGGCCAGGGCUGGAUGGGAGGCCUGCACCCAGCAUCACCCACACUCUUCCCCGGCAGCCUUCAAGCCCAUUGACCUGAGUGACCUGAAGCGCCGGAACACACAGGAUGCGAAGAAGUCCUAGAGCCCCUAGCAUCCCUCCCCUGGCCUCUGGAAGAUCAGGGUGCACUUGAUGUUCGUCUCCUCCUGUCCUGUGGGCCCUGCUCCCGGGAGGGGGAAUGGGGCCAUACUUAGUGGGCUAGCAGGAUUGAUGGCCAAGGCCUGCCCCUCCUCCCUGAGUCCCUUCCUUUCCUCUUUGGAGAUCUCAAACUGCCCCUGUCACUGGGGGAGCAGGAGUCUGGCCCUUCCCGCCCUCAGAGUUCCUGGCCCCAACCCCUUCUUUGGUCACCUGCCAUUGCCCUCUACCUCCCUGUUCCUGGCCACUUCAGGAUCAGGAAGGAGAAGAGAGACCUGUGUUUCCCAGGCUGCUGGGACUGGUUGGUUUUGUCCUUGAGAUGACCAGGAAGUAGCACAUGUGCAGCCCCACUGCAUCCAUCUUGGACCCCCCCAUGGACUGCGCCUCUGACCUGGACAAGGGGGAGCUUCUUCCCCUGCCCCCCACUGUCCAGCCUGCCCUUUCCUUGCCUCAGCUUCAGAAUGGCACAAGCUCUGGGCCUGGGACAGUCCCCAGCAAUCAGGCCUGGCCUCCUGGUGUCUACACCCUGUGACCAAAAUGGUGCACUUGGGCAGGGUGCCAAGGCUGACCCUGAAGGGGUGGUGCUGCCAGGCCUGUCCUGGCUCUCUGGGGUGUGCUGGGAGGGUCACUAGGGCCCCUUUUUCUUCCUGUGCCCUCUGGAGCCAAGUGUGUAUGUGGCUCUGGAGCCCAAGGUCCGUGAAUAAAGGCGGGUGGCACUGGGAUGAGCUUCUUGGCAGUCUUGUCAGGCCCCUGUCCAGCAACCCACACAGCUAACAGGCCCGUGAAUCUCAGGCCAUGGUGAAGGUUCUGUAUGUCCAGAACUCCUCAGUGUGGGCCCCUAGUCACCCAGGAAAGAGGGGGCAAGGAGGGGCGCCCUGAGAGGAGGGGCUGGACUGCUCUAGGCAGUUGCUGCCUUUUUCCAAGCUGCAGGGGCUCCCUAUGAGGGCAUUUCCCAUGUGUGGAGGGUCCCUAGAUGCAGUAGGUACCCCUCUGCCACCCCACACCUACCUUCCAUGGCACAGUGUAUGGGCCCUUGGGGGAGUAGCUUCCUGCACUAUCUAGAUAAAGGGGUGGCUGCUGGGCCUUAGGAGAAACCUGGUUACUCUUGACCUUCAGAUGUGGAAACAACCCUGGAAUGCGCCUACUCCAGAGACAGAGCCAAACCAGAAUUUAUUUCAGGAACAUGGUUUCCCAGAAGAGUAUUCCAGAGCUCUAGAGCCCCAGAGACAUCUCUUGGGGUUGGCCUGGGUGAGGCUUCCCAGGGAGGAAGGGAUAGACAAAGACAGGACCUGUGACAAACUGUGCAACAUGGGGCCAGGCCAGCCCCUGGAAGCAUAAGACCUUAGGUCCUCAGGGUCUGUGAGACAUUUUGCAGGGGCUGAGUGUUGGGGUGUGUGUGGAGGCGGGGGUGCUUCCCAUUGUCCAGGCCUGGAAGGGGGUGGACAUGACCCAGGACACAGCGGGACAGGGUAGGCUGGCACAGAUGACUCACUUAGAUUCCUCAUCAGCAUACCCAUACCCUGCACCCACCAGGGACCAGACAGUGGAAGGGACAAGGCUCCAACUAUGUGUUUUCUGCCCCUUGGUGUUUGCCAGGGUCAGCAAUGGUGCAGAGUGAGACCCAGCUGCACUUGGAUCUGCUAGGGGCUUCCCAGCCUUUCCUGAAGGUGGGCUUGGACCCUGGCCAGGCAGGGACUGCACACAUGGCUUUGACCAACUUAUAAAGUCUGAGCCUCUGUAGUUUUUGUAAGUGGCAAUUAGUACCUACUUCCUGGGGCAUUGCCCAGUGCUGAGUACCUGCUGCAGCAUUAGUCACCUCAUGAAUGCACUUGGCAAGGUUGUCAGCCUCACAGUGAACUCAAUCCACCAUUCCUCAGGUAGAAACCCAGUGCUGGUGGCCAUGGGUGUGAUGUGAGCCCUGGGCACCUCACGCUGCCAGGCUUCCCGAGUCUCGCCAUGUGUAAAGGUGGAGCAUAGGCUGUGGGUGCCCCUCACUAGCAUGGCUGCAGGCCCAGGAAGCACGUAGCAGAGAACAGCUGCAAUGUAAGAAAUAACGUGAUCUGGGCUUACAGCCUGUACGUUGUACUGGUACCAGACCCUGAAGCCAGGCCUUCUCUGCCCAUGGCCACCCAUUAGGUGAUGGAGGAUGACUGGAGGACCCCAGCCACCUGGGCCUGUGUGCCUGUGCUUUUCAAGAUUUCACUCGGAGUCUGCCAGCUGGAGGCCCUUGGCAAGGAGUCUGCAAGAACACCUGGGGUGGGGUGUGGAAGGAGGGUGUCACAUGGCACCCAGUGUGCUGAGAUGAUCCUGGAUUAGAGCUGUCGCUGUGGUGGCCAACAUGCCAACGGCACAGCACUCCUACCCCAGCCAGCUGCUCUGUCACCUCUUAGCGUCUGAGAUGCUGGUGACCCUCUCCAGCUGGGGGUGCUGUUGGGUCAAGUGGCUCUGAGAGUGGCUGGAGGAGAGUCAGGAUCGACGCCUCCCCACUUGUGUUUGUGCACAUGAACUCAUACGUAGUUUGCUCUCAUCCAAUGUCAACAACUCCAUGGGAAAAAUUUUAUUACCCUAAUUCUUAGUGCUAGGAAUCAAACCCAGGCCCUGAUACAUGCUAGACAAGUGCUCUACCUCUGAGAUACAUGGUGGAAUUCCAGGCAGAGAGGGAGACCUGUUAGAAGGGUGAUGCAGUGGGUAGGUAGAGAACCCUAGGCAGGGAAGUGGGUUAUGAAACUGCGGGGCCUCCCAGUGGAGGUGCCAAGUUGGAAGCUGGGUCUGAAUUAGACUCCAGAGGGCCAGGGAGCUGGAGACAUAGAUGAGGUCUUUUGAGACAAGAUCUCACUUUGUAGCCCAGGCUGGCCUCAAAGUUAAGAUUAUUUGGAGCUUGCAGAGUGGUUCAAGUGGUAGAGUGCCUGCCU